AUGAUGGCUUUGGAAAAUCAAAUGAUCAAAGAGGAUGACGAGAAGCGACGAGCGAAGUUCAUGGAAGGACUACAUUACCGUAGAGACUACAAUUCAACGAAAAAGAUCGCCAAGCAGGAAGUGAAUAAAUGGACGGAUGAUAUGAUUGUUGAUGUAGCACCCACCUCACAAACCAGACCAGAAAUAAAAACAACAAAAACAUAUACUGCGAAUAUCUCGAAUGUGGCCAAUCCAAGAUCCCAAGACGUUACUAAAGUGUCGCAAUUCAAACGACCACUUCUACCUACAGUUUCACGAUAUGCUGACUGGACAGACAGACAAUGGAAUCAGCUGAACUCAAUCUGGAAAUUCACCGCGUUUGCCCCAAUCGAUAUGACAAAGACCAAUGCAGAGGGACGCCUUCAAGACGAGUUUUGGAGUACAUAUGAGCCUGUGACCACAAAAAUGGACGAAGUAGAGCGUAUUGGAAAAUGUUUUUCAAAAAAGUUCGAUACAAUCACAUUAACGUUCUACCCACAACAAGUGUUCUAUGGAGAAUUUGAGCUUGACGUCACACAUGCGACCUCUCUGACUUUCAUAUUAGACGCUACUCAACCAGGAUUUGAGUUAAGGAUUGCGUCAGAUAGAUGUGAAAAGUUUGACAUCGCCGUUGUAAAAAACUUUACGAUGUCCCCUACUGCAAAGAACAAAUUCCCACCAUGUCUCAUUCUCGACGUUUCUGAUAUUCAUGAAAAAAUCAAGGAGCUUUCCCCAAAAUUUAAUAAAUUUCGACGUUCUUUGUUGCAACAGGAAUGCUCUACUCAAAAAUGUCAUCCUGAUAAACUAUUCUUCGUGCUCCACUCAAACCCCAGUUUUCCAAAGAGUCAGUGUACCAUAAAAGUACAUGUGAAUAGCAGUGUUAAAUUGUUUGAAGUGUCGGCAAUGGCAGGAUUUGAAAUUUUGGAGACUUACAUGCAAUUAGCCUUUGCUCUACAUCCAAAGAUGAUCAAUUUGAAUAUUCGAUUUCUUUUCUUGAUGAAAGAAGAUUUCUUUGACUACGUGACACACCUCCGACUGAUUUGGAUUUUUUUGGCCAGCGAACAUGGAAUCGGAAGAUGGCUUGCAAAGUGUCGAGAAGAUCUUGUCACGGCUUGCGAGUCAAACUUUGUGGAACUAGAUUUUCGUACAGGAAAUGCCUACUGUCUUUAUCCUCCCACACAUUGCUCCCGAUCACUCCUGCGAGAAUCUAAUGUAAGAAAUCUAUCAAACAGCGAUGUGCAAAAUACUCUUAUUCAGGGAUGCUUAGAUGAGAGCUCAGCGUGUGGAGAAGCUUUCCCAAUUCAAUUCCGCGAUUAUGGUCAAGAGGAACUAGACGAGAUAAAGCUGCAGAAUGAUAAUGCAGCACAAGGGAAAGAAUGGAAAGGAUCAUCAGUUACGUCUGAUUUUAAAAAAACUCCAGGCAGUAAGAGGGCACCUACACCUUCCACAGAAGGAACCAGCGAUCCCAAAAAGAUAAAAAUUUUCAAACUUCGGAAAGACUGGAAAGAUGCUAUCGCUUUCCCUAGGACUGACUCGGCUGUUCAAGAUUCGCAUUCAGACGGAGCUGAUGAUUCGCAACCGUCCACAUGCAGCAAGGAAACAGCUCCAGCAAUCAAAUCAGCUUCGCAGAAUGGAGUCCAUGAAUAUCAACCACAGUCCAGUUACUACGAUCCAAACGUUUCGACAACCGGCUACGAUGGUUCUCUCCCAUCAUCAUCGUCUUCAGGUGAAAACAAACGAUACUAUGACUUUGAUAACUGUCCAGUUGAUAUGAUGCGACUGUCACCGUCUGAUAAACUUUUGGCGAGUUGUCAAAGAUCCCAAAAGGACGAUGGAGUGUUUAAGCGUCCUUAUCUCAAAUUACCUACUCCCCUUACAAACCGCACUCCAUCUACUUCUAACGGAAAUACACCCACUGUGAUUCCACUCCCCCCCAGUUCAGCAUCAAAUCGGCCAUGA